CUCCCUGUGUUAGUAGCUAUGGAAACUCGUCGAUGGCAACAUCCAGCCGAGCGCCGCCGUCCUCCUCUUCCACCUCGCGGAGGUGCUGACUCUGUGCUGCCGCCGCUGCCGCCGAGCCGAUAAAUAAACGCCACCAAAGAUGGCGAUUGCGCGACUCGUAGUGUGUUUUGUUCUCUGCUCCACCGUCGGCCGCAUUCCAUCGUCACUCGGCGUAAUCCUCCGAACCACAGACAAGAUUGUGUGGGCAAAUGAGUUUGAACCCAUCGAGCUGACCUGUUUAAUAGAGUCCAUCUCCACUAACAACCCCAGGAUUGAAUGGAAAAAGAUUAAAAACGGAGUCCCCAGUUAUGUGUACUUUCAAAACAAGAUAGCAGGUGACUUGGAACACAGAGCACAGCUCAGAGAGCCGGCCAACAUUCUGAUCUUAAACACCACUCGCUCUGACACCGCUGAAUACCGCUGUGAAGUCGCCGCCAUCGAUGACCAAAGGGACUUUGACGAGCUACUUAUUAGUCUUGCAGUAAGAGUGAAACCUGUCGUACCACGAUGCAGCGUGCCAGAGGCUGUCACAGUGGGCACAUCCUCUGAACUACGAUGUCUGGAGAACGAGGGCUUCCCAGCACCUCAGUAUCGCUGGUUCCAUAACAAUGAGGAACUCCCUCAGGAUCCCAAGAGCAGCCCAAAGUUUGCCAACUCUUCCUACAUCAUCAACCCCGACACCGGAAGCCUGAAAUUCCAAAGUGUGAGGAAGGAGGAAGCAGGAGAGUACUACUGCCAGGCCAGGAACGACGCAGGAUACGCCCAGUGCCUCCCUCAAAUGAUGGAAGUCUAUGACGUGGACAUCCUGGGGAUCUUCCUGAAGUCCUUUGGGGCGCUGAUUGCAGCGGUGUGCGUGACUGCAGCCACGUGUCGUUGCCUUAAACACGGAUGCUGGUCUCGAAACAAUCACCCUGAAAAUAACUACAAACGACCAGCACAGGAUGAUGCCGUGGAAUACGGAGAUGCAGAUGAGGGUCACUUUCGCCACAAAUCGUCAUUCAUCAUUUGACAGCUGAAAGAGAAGAUGAGAUGGAAUCAAGAAGAAAAGAAGAGUUUCUGCUAAAGCUCCACCUGGUGGUCCGAGGUCUGACAUGGCACAUUAUUCUCUAAUGCACAUCAGAAUCAAAUCAGCCAAGUUGCCAAAGUAACUUAGUAUCAGUGGCGCAAGUUCAAUGGGUUUUAUAUCACAGUCGUAUUUUUUUAUUUUCUUGUACUUAAUUUUGACUGACAGCGUUGUGUUUUUACUCAUUUAGUUUUGUCUUUAAAAUGUUACUUUCUUACAUAUUUUUUUAAUGGCACAAAACAUUUCAAAGCUGUGAAAUUUGACAUUUGGCUUUCAGUCUCAGUGUAAAAGAUGCUGGAAGUUACAUUCCCUCAUGGUUUUUUGAACAAAUCCUCUUUUUUAUAACUUUUAAACUUUGUACUCCGUACACUGAAAUUGUUUUACAAAAGUUCUUUGCAUUAUCUUUGUCAUAAGAUAAACAUGUCCUGUGUUUCUGUGGAGAAAUAUUUUGUAUAUACUGUACUUAUACGGCCAAUAAGAAGCUGAGUGUAAAAGGCUGAUCAGCUCAUAAGUAUAAGGCACAAUUUAUCGGGCUUUAUUAUAGCGUAUUUACAGACGAUAACUCAUACGUACAACUGCAAAGUAAUUAGUGAAUUUGAAUGCUGUAUAUCCCUUAAUGCUGCAAUUCACUAACUAUAACGAAGGUAAGGUAUGAUUUUUAGAGUGCCGUUCUGUGUAUAAGUGACCUUCUGUGCUUUAUUUUUUUUUCUUUAAUAUUUUGUUGUAUUGGACAUAUUGUCCAGUUUGGACUCAGUAUUUUAAUGUCCAUAAAACAUAUGCCAUUUUAAGUUCGGAUUUUCAUGUGUUGAAGUCAUGUUGUAAAUAUGGCAACAAAACUGUUUGUUGGAGGUAAAUCUGUCUCAUGUGGCUCUCCAGUAUAGAACCUGUGAGUAAAAAAAGUGUUUCUUUUCAAAAGGUUUGUGUAACAACUCAGGAACUGAUGUAAAAUUCUCACUAUUCAUAUUCAUAUUGCGUUUGUUAUUUUGUUACUAUUAAAUACAUUUGACUGUAAAUGUG